AUUUUCCACUAACAAUUUUUCCAACAUAAUUUCUUAAGCAACAUGAUGGGAUGAGAUGAUAGAUCCAGUGUGCAUUCAAAUCAGUAUCACGCGGGCGAGUUGGCUCACCGAUUCCAGAAAGAGCAACCCUUAUUAGUUGGUAUUACCAUCCACCACCAGUUCCACACACAUAUAUGCAAAAUAUCUCUAUUUUUCUUCUCUUUUCAUUUCUUGCCAAGUCUUUCUCCUUCAAUUCUAUUUCUUUCCUGAAGUUUUGUAAUCGUGCUUCAGAGCUAGCAUAGCAAUGGACUUUGUGAGCCCAAUCGUCGAUAUUACAGACCGAUUAUGUAGUUGCAUCGGAAACACAACCAACUAUAUUCGUCAUCUCCAAGAUAAUCUCAACUCUUUGAGAUCUGAAAAGCAAAAAUUGAUAGAGCACAGAAACGAUGUUCAGAGAGAAGUUGAAAGUUGUGAGACGCAACACAUGCAACGCAAGGAACGAGUAGAUAGCUGGCUUCGUAGAGUAGGAGAGCUGGAGGGGGAAGUGGACCAGAUUCUCCGACAAGGUGAUGAAGAGAUCAACAGAAGAUGUCUCAAAUUCUGUCCCAGGAAUUGCAGAUCUAGCCAUAAACUCGGGAAGAAAGUGUGUAAAAAGCUACAAGCUGUGGCUGAUCUCAAGGGUGAAGGAAAUUUCACCACUGUGGCUUUACCAUCGUCCCCGGCACAUGCCCAAGUGGCUGUACCAUUGGCCCCGGCACAUGCCCAACAAAUUCCUGUGGACAGGACUCUCGGCUUGGAUUCAACUUUUCACAAGGUCUUGGCACUCCUUAGAGAUGAUGAUGAUGAUGGAAUGGGAAUCAUCGGUAUAUACGGGAUGGGGGGAAUCGGAAAGACAACGCUUUUGAAGAAACUCAACAACGAGCUUGCAAGUGAUCAGUUGAGCGGCCGAAAGUUGGAUGAGGUGAUAUGGGUGGUGGUGUCCAAAGAUCUUAGUAGCGUGGAGAGCGUGCAAGAUAAAAUUGGGAAGAAGCUAGGCUUUCCGGAGGACAAAUGGCAAAAUAAAAGCCAAGAUGAGAAACAAGCCGAUAUCUUUGAGUUCUUGAAAAUGAAGAAAUUUGUGCUUCUUUUGGAUGACGUAUGGGGGCGGAUUGAUCUACUUGAAGUCGGAGUUCCACCUCCAAGCAAUCAAAAUAAGGCGAAGAUAGCAUUCACCACCCGAUCUGAGGAAGUGUGCAGUCUUAUGGAGGCUAAGAAGAGCAUUAAAGUAGAAUGCUUGGCAUGGCAGGAAGGCUGGGAUUUGUUUAAAGAUAAGGUGGGGGAACAGAUCCUCAAUUCUGACCCUGAAAUAGAGAAGCUCGCAAGAGUCGUUUGCAAAGAAUGCGCCGGAUUGCCACUGGCGCUGAUUACGAUUGGACGAGCCAUGGCAAGCAAGAAAACUCCCCAAGAAUGGAAUCAUGCAAUAAGUGUCUUGAAGAAAUCAUCUACAUUCAAAAUUCGAGGUAUGGAAGAUGACGUGCUUCGUCGUUUAAAAUUCAGUUAUGAUAGCUUAUCUGAUGAAACCAUUCAGAUUUGUUUCCUAUAUUGUGCUCUAUAUCCAGAAGAUUGGGAUAUUGAUGUUGAAGAUCUCAUAAACUUCUGGAUAGGUGAGGGGUUUCUUGAUGAUGAAUGUGAUAACAUUGAUGAGGCUUUUAAGCUGGCAUAUGAUGUUAUUGGUAGGUUGAAGCUUGCAUGUUUGUUGUUGGAUAGCAGAGAAUCCUACAAAUGUGUCAACAUGCAUGAUGUGAUUCGGGACAUGGCACUGUGGAUAAUUUCGGAGAAUGGGAAGAAGAAUGAGAAAUAUUUGGUGCAAGGAGGAAAUCGUGAGCCGACCACAGCACCUCCUAUUUCUAAAUGGGAGAAGGCCGAACGAAUAUUUUUGUCGAGCAAUUCAAUUAAGGAAUUAAGCGGAAGUACUCCUAGAUGUCCCAAUCUCUUGACUUUAAAUCUUAGUGAUAAUAGUAUGACGACCAUUCCUGCUAGCUUCUUCCAGUUUAUGCCAGCUCUCAAAGUUUUAGACCUGUCAUGGAAUGUAAAUCUAAAGAAGUUACCAGCAAGCUUUUUUGGGUUGCUUUCUUUGCAACAUCUUGACCUCUCGGGGACGGGCAUAACUCAGUUGCCAACUGAGUUUAAAUCAUUGAAAAAAUUGAAGUAUUUAUAUCUGAAUCGUAUGAGUGAACUUGUUACAAUCGCGCCGCAAGUCAUAUCAAGUCUUUCGAUUCUGCAGAGGUUGGAGAUACGAGAUAGUGGUGUUUCAUCAAAGGAAAUUUGUGAAGGAAGUAUCCUUUUUGGUGGUAAUGAAUUGUUAUCGGAUGAAGUGGAAUGCUUGAAGGACCUACAAUAUUUAAGUUUGACGGUGAAAAGUAAAUUGGCACUCCAAAAACUUCUGAGUAGUGAAAAGUUACGAAGUUGCACGUUUGAUUUAUGCAUCAGAGAAUACAGAGACUCAAGUGCAUUGCAAUUGUCUUCUCUACAGAAGAACUUAAAGAGACUAGAAAAGCUUCAAAUUGUAGAAUGUGAUGAUUUAGAGUUGGAGUUGUCAAUGAGGUGGGAGGAAGGAGAGAGAGGCGCAGUACCUCCUCACAGAUACAAUAAUAAUAAUCCGUGGGAUCAUAGAAUAAUAGAUGCAGCAGGAAGCAGGAGCUUCCAAAACCUUCGGGAAGUCACUAUCAGGCGAUGCAAAGUUUUGAAGGAUCUAACAUGGCUAAUCAGCGCGCCAAACCUUCAACAAUUAUCCAUUUAUCGUUGUGAUGCAAUGGAAAAAGUAAUAAAAGAUGCGGAGAAUUGCAGUAGUAGUGAUGAUAUUGCAGGUAGGGAAGGAAGUUUGAGUGUAUUUUCAAGGCUACAAAGAUUGACUCUGUGGUGCUUACCAGAGUUAAAGAGCGUCUAUAAUCAUCCACUGCCCUUCCCCUCUCUGAUUGAAGUUAUUGUGGCUGAUUGUCCGAAGCUUAAAAAACUUCCAUUUGACUCCAAUAGCGGCAAAGGAACUCUACGAUCAAUUGAAUGUAAUAGAGAGUGGUGGAAUAAGUUAGAAUGGGAGAAUGAAGAAACUCAAUCUGUUUUCUCUCCACUUUUCAAAGAACCGUAGUUUUAAUUUUGAGGAAGAUCGAAGACGUUGCCUUAUCUCACAGUCUCCUUCAGAAAGCAGAUAUCGAAGCUGAAGUGGAAAGCAAAAAUGUCAUUUAUUUUUUCAUUUUGUACUUGCAAAAAUGUCUUCUUAGUUUUAGCUUUUUUAGAUCAUUUUUAUCACCGUUGUUGUAAUGUAUGGUCCAAAUAAAGCUUUGUGUUGGAACAUGUUUAUAUUUCUCUUGUGUAUUAGGUACCUGUUGAUGUAGCUAAUAGCACUCUCUCGAUCACAUAAUUAUAUUAUUUCUUUGUUCCUCA